CCGGAAAGCAAUAAAAAUCCAAAAUGGCGUUUUACCACACUGCUUGUUUUGUGAUCACUGUAAUGAUUAUUUGUAAUGCCAUCUUAUACCCGACAAUAUUUAGCUCAAUUUUCCGGACUUGGUUUGGGGGAACACCACCAAAGCAAGAAAAAGAACAAAUGCCCGAAUACCCCCCUCAUAUGAGGCCAAAUGGAGGGAUCCGAGGUGGCGCUGGAGGCAGGAUGAGACCAUCUGGAGCCAAACCUCCCAUGCCUGGAGGAGGACAGAGUUCAGGCGGGGUCGAUCCAUCAAAUUUUAUGGGUCAACAGACACAGGAGUCGAGAGGGAGAGGCAUGAUGGGAACUGUUCUUCCUGUUUACGCUGUCGGUAUCUUCAUCUAUUUUGGCUAUGUGAUCUAUAAGGUUUUCCUGCGCGACAAGCCAUCCACCCCAUCCAGCAGACCAACGUGGUCGUACCCUGAUGACGUCGCCCAGCAGGAAGGACCAACCCUACAGAGACAACAACAAGAGAACCUACAACGUAAACUAGCAGCAGAACUCAAGGCUGCUAACUAUCCCGAAUUGAAGAAGAGCGAUCGGAGAGCUGCUGAGGCCGCCGCUACUGCUGCUGCUGCGGCAGCGAUGGGAGAGGUAGUGCACCCUCCGGCGCCUGGAUCCAAUGAAGAAGUUGAUAUGCUGAAGAAACGUUUAGAAGAAACUGAGAAAACAAUGCAACGGAUGAUGGAUAUGAUGAACUCUAUGGGUGUAGCUAUGAGCCAAGUUUCUCAACAUCUUUCAAGUGAGAAGUCUGCAUCGCCUACCGUGAUGCCUGACUUCAAUGAGCCCAGAUUAACUAAGGGCGCGGACAACGAAGAUGACCUCGACAUUGAUGUCGACGAUCUCAGCGAUGAAGAAGACCUCAUCAUUGGCGACAGCAUGGAUCCCUGUGGCAGUUCGGACGACGACGAAAACGAUGUCGGCACGAAGAGGUAUGAUAUGGAUGACGAUGUCGAUAGAAGACGACCGAACAAGAUGAACAUUGUUGACGUGGAGGCGGAUGAUUACCAUGACGACGACGAUGGGGAUGUUGAUAGCGAUGAUGAGUCUGAAGUUGAGAACAUCGGAGUAGAGGACGUUCUGACAUCAGACACGCUAAGACGGAGGAAUGUUAAAGGGGACGGAAUAGAAGGUUGAUCUUCUCUUUUUUAUGUAUUAACCCAAGUGAUUUAUGCCAUGUUAAAUUAUUUUUUACUGUAAAUAAUACAACAUUAUUCAUGUACAUACAGUUGGUUUGUGUAGGGAUUGAUUUCAUGCAUUACAUAAUGGUAGUCAUAGACUCUUUGCUAGUCAUGUCAUAAAUUAUUGAAAUCCAGAUAAUACAAAUAGGCCUACACAUGAUCAGGGCCCUGUUUCAUAAAGCUUGUUCUGACUAAUAACAAAUUUGCAAAUUAGUUAAAAGCUACUAAAAUGCUUCAAUCUGAUUGGUUGGUAGUAAAUUUGUUAUGGAGUGAGUGUUUGCAUUUGUUAUUAUAACAAGUCUUAAUGAAAAGGGAACAUUAUGUCAUCAGGGGCCCGUUGCAUAAAACUUUUUACCUGAGAA